GCCCUGUUCCCCUUAUAGACGCUGCUAAAGCUAAGCUAGCUGUCAAUCCACUCAGCAGCAUCACCGCCAGGGACUCUCCAGCCUCUCUUCAGGACCCCCCCUUCUCCUGAACACUUUUAAAACGCACAAUGGCCGUCCCUCCUUCAUACUCAGACCUGGGCAAGUCCGCCAAGGAUAUAUUCAGCAAGGGCUAUGGCUUCGGUGUCGUGAAGCUGGACCUCAAGACCAAAUCACAAAGUGGAGUGAUGGAGUUCAACACAUCUGGCUCCAGCAACACAGACACGGGGAAGGCGGCGGGGAGUCUGGAGACCAAAUACAAGAUGAAGGAGCUCGGCCUGACCGUCAACCAGAAGUGGAACACGGACAACACGCUGGCUACCGAGGUCACCGUGGAGGACCAGCUGACUCAAGGACUGAAGGUCGCCUUGGAUACGUCUUUUGUACCGAACACGGGUAAGAAGAGCGGGAAGCUGAAGUCGGCCUACAAGCGGGACUUUGUGAACCUGGGCUGCGACGUGGACUUCGAGGGUCCCAUCAUCCACGCCGCCGCCGUGCUGGGCUACGAGGGCUGGCUGGCCGGAUACCAGAUGGCCUUCGACACGGCCAAGUCCAAACUGGCCCAGAACAACUUCGCCCUGGGAUACCGGGCCGGAGACUUCCAGCUGCACACCAACGUUAACGACGGGACCGAGUUCGGCGGCUCCAUCUAUCAGAAGGUGAACGACGAGCUGGAGACGGCGGUCACUCUGGCCUGGACCGCCGGCAGCAACAACACUCGCUUCGGCAUCGCCGCCAAAUACAAGCUGGACAAAGACGCCUCUCUGUCUGCCAAAGUGAACAAUGCCAGUCUGAUCGGAGUAGGAUACACUCAGAGUCUUCGACCAGGAGUGAAGGUGACCCUCUCAGCCCUGAUCGACGGGAAGAACUUCAACGCCGGUGGACACAAAGUGGGAAUGGGCUUUGAGCUGGAAGCAUAAACUGCUCAAAUCCAACCAUCCAAAGACGGGAAGAAACACCCCCCCCCUCCUCCCCCCGAACAACGUCACCACACACUCCUCCUCCUCCCUGCCCGGCCCCCUCCCCUCACACACACACACCAACCUCAUGUAGCCCCCCCUCACACACUUCAUGAGCAUUUCCGACAGAAGCAGUCGAGUCUCGGCAUCAUGUCACAGAAACCAGAGAGGAGUCGUGAUCCUGUAAAAAAAAAAAAAAAAAAAAAAACGGACGGCGCAUAUUUAGGAAUUAUUCUCAUUUUUAUUGAUAUUGAAGUAUUUUAUUUCCCUGUAGGAAGAAGUAUAGUCGUGGUGGUUAAUGUUUAGCUCCUUAAAGCUUCCGUCGUUCCUGCCUUCUUUAAGCAUGUGAGGGAAAGAAAAAAACAUGGCUGCAGAGCUGAAGGCGUUGGUUAAAAAAUGGUGCUGAGUGUCUGUUUUUUUUUUUUUUUUGUUGUUUUGAACACGUUCUGCUGCAUUGUGUGGACUACUGAAUCCACAUGAAACACAUUUCAUGAACAUAUGAAGGAGUUACUGAGGCACUGGUGGUUUAAAGGAGAGAACAAAUUAAGGCUAUUGAAGCUUGCUUUACAGGAACACUUAAAAGUCUUUGUAGAUGCUCUGAUAUGAUCUUUUAAUCCUUUGUGACUUUGUUUUUUUAGGUUAGGUGAAAUCAGUGUAGUGGAAUCUUCUGGUAGCUUGUGUAGUUAGUUUGCAUUUCUACGAUAUUGUUUUCAUCUAUCCGCCUCAGCUCGGCCGUCACAGAGAAAUGGAGGAUAUUCAGCAUCUGCUCGGACUGUCGCGUAGGGUCAGGCGUCUUGAUUUUGCCGUUUUCCUCGUGUUGCUGGAAGGAUUGCACUCGUUUACUGUCAGCGCUCUCGUCACAAUAAAAAAGACAACCCCACACACCCCUCGGAUCUGUACUGUACAGCUCGAUUGUCCUCUGAGUGAUUCCGGU